CUUCCAAAAUGUCUCUCACGGCAGUAAAGGAGAAAAUGCAGAUGAUUAAGGACUCAAUUGAUGAGGCCGAAGAGAGAGAAAGUAAUGCCAAGUUGGAAUUAAAGGAAGCGAGAGCGAGGGAAGAAGCUCAGCUAGCCGAAGCAGAAUCGAUGCAGAGGCGAAUUUUGCUUCUUUCCGAAGAACUUCGAAAAACUGAAGAAAGAUUGGAAGAGCAAGAGGACAAACUAGCAGACUUGAAAGACCGUACUGAUACUCAUGAAGAGGUAAGGAAGGAAUUGGAAGACUACGAAAUGGAGGGGGAUGAGAAACUUUUGGAUCUCGAGGCGAAGUUGAAGGAAGUCGAACGUCAGGAAAAGGAGACAUUGGAUAAGUUGCACGAAGCUCAGCGACGAGAGGUCGUGCUCACCAAGGAUUACGAGAGAGCGGUCGAGAAAGGCGACAACUUUUACGCGAAAAUCGAUGAACUGCAAGAAAAGGUGGACGAUACGACACAAAAGAUUAAACUCUUGGAAGAGAACGAAGAGUCCAACUUCGAAAGAGAAGAAGAGAGUGAGGAUAAAAUUAAAUUUCUCGACGAGCAAGUCAAAAUGUACUUGCAGCGCGCAGAUGACGCGGAGCGGGAAAUUGCAAAACUGGAGAGAAUGAACGACCAAGUACAAGUCGAGAUAGACAACAAAAGACGCGCUAGAGACGAAGUCAUGAAAGAAAUGGAAGAAAUGACGGACAUUGACUUUUAAAACUCGGAGUCUCAUGGAGGCAAGCACUCAUGCAUAGCAUUAUUAAUAUUUUAGGUAGUUUAUUUACACGUCCGCAGAAUAUACUUUGAAAUAUUCCGCAUAUUUUCGACUUUCGCAAAGUUUUUGAGAUGUUAUCAUUUGUACAUUCAUAGGAAUUUUGAAGUCUGACGGCUGAUUGUCGAGAUCUUAGAACGGUGACAUUGAUUUGUCCUUUAUUUGCCCGUAAACAUCUCGAAUUACAUGAUUUCCAGUCGGUUCCAUGCAGAGCUAGUCGGUAUUAUGACCUGAAUUACAAAUAACAGUGAUUCAAUGCUGUAAUUCACCCUUGAGGAUUUGUAUUUCUGUUGUGCCUUUCAAAUGGAAUUGUUUGACUUAUUGUAGGGUUAUUAUUUCCCUACCGCUAGUGUUUUGUCGUUUAUAUCUAGUAACAACCAAGGAACUUUAUGUAUAACCGGUUCAUAAUCCCCUCUAAUCUUUUAAAUAUACUUUUGGAAGGUUUUAAGUACAAAUCAAUUCGGCUCGUAUGCCUUUAACGACCUCAGUAUUCUAGUUUCCACCAGACUUCAAAUGGGAGAUAUUCUAGUGAUUAUCUAGGUGAUUGAAUAUAGACUUUUAUAAAGGUGGUUAAGAUUUUGACAACGAUAUGAAUAUUUUUAAAUCAUGUCAUUUGAUAUUCUCUAUGUAAAUGAAUUAAAACAAUUUACCAAUUAA